GCCAAAUUUAUCGACCAUGAUUAAUUUAUAAAAUCAACAAACAUCCAUGGGUUUAUUUGUUUUAUUUGCACCUUCAAUAAAUGUUCAAUGUGUCAGAAGCAAGUCCCAGUUCAGUAAAAGGCUCUGCCAUCUCUACUGUUGAAACCAAUAAUGAUAGAAAAAGCAGAGUUAAACAAAAUUUGUAAUCUGUAAAGGAAAAUUCAGGUAAAAUACAGAGGAAUUGAAAUUUCAAUAAAAUGACAAGAAGGGACCUUUUUCAGUGUUUUUCCUCAGUUUUGUUUUACUUUGCUAAGAUUCUGUGAAACUGUGGUGUCAACAUCAUGAGACUCCUGAAACAUUCCCUCAAGACUAAACUUUACUGCCUCUUGUAAAAAGAAACAUGAAGACAGAAGUUUCAGAAAUUGGUAGUUCUGAACAGCUCAACACUUUCACUGCCGCUGUUUCAUAAUAUGCCCCAUGUGAUGACAUGACAGGCCUGAAGUGGUUUGUUUUUUAAUCUUUGAGUUGCUUAAUAUGAACAAUGCUUAUUAUUACACAAUGAUGUAACUGCACCAAAUGAUGUCAUUUUCACAAAGAAUAAAACUUUGAGGCAGUCUUAAUAUAAACAUGCUGAGCAACAGGAGGUCUGGGGUAGAGGGGCAAGAAUGAUGAGAAAGGGGGUGGGAUAACGGUGCACAAAGUCAUUUAUAGUGAAAUAGUCAGAAACCCUGGUGAGAUUAAACACUUUAUUUUAGUGGGCCCUGAUUAUUCAGUGAUUUUACAAGUGGGAUUAGCAAGUGAUUUCUUAAGAAUAAGGUGGUAUUUACCUAGUUAUAAGUUUGCAUUUUACCAAGUAACAACUCUGUAAUAUUUUAUUCUAAAUUAAGGGUUCUCAACUGGUGGGUUAGGACCCAAAAUGGGUCAUGGAGCUGUUUCCAGUGGGCAAGGAUGGAUGGUUUUAUGAACUUUGAAGGAUGAUAUUAUCUUUAAAGGCAGAGAAAGGAAUGUUCAUGAAGCUAGGGAUGUUGGGGCUUUUUCCAUUUUUGUCAAAUAAUACUCCAUAGUUGACAACUUUUGGAAAAGUGGGUGGAACUGGUGAGUGAAUUUCAGUCAUUGUUUUGGGAUUUAACAAAAAGCUGGCUUUACAGAGAAAAUUAGGUAAAUCCUUGAGAAAUCAAGGAACGUUUCCAUUCAGUUUUGGGAAAAUGAUCUAAAUCAGACUCAUUAGGGUUAGGGUUAGAGGGUCAGGGUUAGGGUUAGAGCAAUGGUUCUCAACUGGUUGGGUGUUGGGACUUCCUUGUGAGAAAUUGCAACUACAAUUACAAAAAUAUUUCAAUUUCCAAAUGUCUGAAAGCAUUUCAGCCAAUAAUCUCAUGUUGUAGUUUGUUUAAGCAUUUAUUUUGCAAUAUAAUAAUGGCGUCAGGCCCUGACUUAAUCACUCCUCACAGAUUUCACAUACAGAAUUUGAGGAGUGAUAAAAUAAUGGCUUAAAUCCAGAGGAAGAGACUGGAAAUCUUGCAGCUUUAAUAGCUCACUAAUUUAGGGGGAUGUGAGUCAUGUGAUUUGAUUAAGCUACAUGUCAGGUGUGAAUGAUUGUGCUGAUUGUGAAUGAUUCCUUUUUCAUCCUCAGGGGUUUAUAAAAGCAUUCAUCCUUGCCUUUGAAGGUGGUGUCAUUAAAGAAUCGAUGUCCACUUCAUCAUAGACUUUUAUUCCAGGCACAUAUCCACCACCCUCUGGAAACAGCUCUAUGACCCAUUUUUGGGUCCAGACCCACCAGUUGAGAACCACUGACUCAAAGUGUUCUUUACUGUGUUUUGCCCACUAGAAAGGCAGCCUAGGGCACUUAAUCAUAAUUUGCCCCUGAGGUCACCCUGGAGGGCUGUUUAUCAUUUAACACCACUGUGUAGGUGACAAGGGCACUUUCUAACAUUCUUCCAUAGGAAUCCAAAAGGGCACCAUUGCAACACUUUUUCAGACACUGGAGCUCUGAGGAGGGUGAUCAGGAAAGGUGAUUUAAGUGAUAAGUUGGUGAUAGAUUGGACUGUUCAAAGAAUGGAUAUGAUUUUUUUUUCUUUUUUGUGUAAAAAAAUGUUGAGAUAGGCAAAAGAUGUUUCUUUGUUGACACAAAAUCAAAGUUCCUCAUCAAAGAAAUUCUUAAAAUACAAAUUUAAUGAACUAAGUCAACUUUAAAGUUGAAUCAACCCUACUGGAAACACCCACUCCUCACAUGCCUGUUACUCUGACUGAGGGGGAAAAAAAACUCAAGUCUCAUCAAACAGCGUAGGCAGUUCUUCCUGAGUCACAUAUGAAACUUUGAGAGGGAAAGAGAGACAGAGCGAGAGAGAGAGCGAGAGAGAGAGAGGGAAUUUAAAAAAAGAAACCCCAGAUAUAGUGAGAAACUGAAAGCACAACAUGACAGUUAUAUAAAGUGUACAUGAGCCUCAGUGUAGCAUGAAGGUGUCUUGAGUUCACUGCUCCUCCAAGAUGACUCUUUGGUGUCAGACUCUCGUCCUCCUGUGCUUCACGUUGAUCCUGGUGGAGUCUUCUGCUCCACCCCCAGCCCCCCGGAGGAACAAAUAUAACAAAUCCUUUUGUCUCACAAGAUCCACCAGAACCCGCGUCCAAGAGCUGCAGAAGAUAUAUAAAGAGGAGCAGUUGGGAAACAAGCACUUUGAGGACAGAAGUUUGCAGUUACAGGAGCUGCCAUCACUUUCCACAGAUUUCAACAGCUGGCUAAAUCUAACCGACUGGGAACGACUGCAUGCUGCUUUCUGGGACAUGCGCGCCUACUGGAAUAUGCUGGAGAGGAAGAGAACACAGCUGGAGAGGGAGGGGAAGGAGCAGCUGGCAGGACAGGAAGCCCACAUUGAUUUACCUCAGAACAUCAGGCACAUACAGCUGGACCUAAGGGACCUCAUGAACCAAGUCAGCCAUCAGAUGAGGCACAUUAGGAGCUCUUGGAUGAGGCCAACCCCUCCUACACAUACAGAGCCAGAGACCAGCUCCAAAACACUGUGGGACAGCCGAGUGGAGGGUUACAUCAUUCUGAGGGAUCUAGACCUUUACCUCACCAAGCUGGCGAGAGACUUCCUCCUUCUGGCUUCAAAAACACAUAUAUGACUCAGCAAUGAGAAACCGUUUUGAGAAAGGGGUCCUUUCUGAGUCCGAAAUAAAAAAGAGAGAAAAAAAAAAAAAGCCAAAUUGCUAGCGGGUGAAGAAAACAGAAAAUACUGUGAGCCAACGUUUAAGCUUUUCUUUUUUUUUUUUUUUUUUUUGACAAAGAUGUUUUACUGUAUGUUUCAGGGCUUUCUUGGGUAUUUCCCAAAGUUUCUGUCUUGCCU